GGGAACAGACCGGACAAAAAGACGUGAGACAGAAAGAUAUUUGGUUCCUGGGUUUUGGUUUUGGACUUUGUGUGGAGAUGAAGUUUCUCCUCAGAGCUCUGGGUGCUCUGCUCUGCUGCUCACUGUCCUCCUCACAAACACUGGAUCCUGCUGGGAAGAACGUCUGCCACAAUAUCAGGGCCCCCUCCAUCUUGGUCUGUUGCACCGGAUGGCGUCAAGAGGGAAAAGAGUGCACCAUACCUGUGUGUGAGGGUGAGCAGGCCUGCCUGAAGGAUGAGGUCUGUGUGUAUCCUGGAGUGUGUCGCUGCCCACCUGGUUACUUCGGAGCUCAGUGUAAAACACGCUGUCCUCUUGAGUUCUGGGCUCCAGACUGUCGUAAAGUGUGUCAGUGUCACCCACACGGCCGCUGUCACCCUGUCACCGGUGAGUGCACCUGCAACCUCAAUCGCUGGGGCCCACUGUGCCAGUACGCCUGCAAGUGUGCCCGGCACGGUCACUGCCACCCCGUAUACGGAAACUGCACCUGUGACGAGGGCUGGUGGACGUCAACCUGCUCCAAGCUGUGUCAGUGCGUCAGCGGGGGCUCUGCGGGCCCCGGCUGCGACCAGCUAACGGGCCGGUGUCAGUGCCAAAGGGGCCACUGGGGGCUGAAAUGUCCCGUCAAUUGCAACUGCUACAUGUCGCCAUGUAACCAGCGUACCGGCAUGUGUGAGUGCGAGGCAGGCUGGUGGGGACCCAGCUGUGACCGGCGGUGUAACUGUGACCUCACACACAGCAGCUGUGACCCGGCCAACGGGCAGUGCCUGUGCCACCCGGGGUACCAGGGCGUCUUCUGCAACCAGCCCUGUGAGGCCGGGAAGUACGGCAGUGGUUGUAAAAACAGUUGUGGUUUCUGUAAAGACAACCAGCUCUGCUCUGACACCGAUGGCUCCUGUGAUGCCUGUGAAUCUGGCUGGAACGGUACUCGAUGCGACCGCCUGUGCCCGUCUGGUACUCAUGGCGACGGCUGCCAGGAGGAGUGUCCACGCUGCAGGAAUGACGAGGCCUGUGACCACAUAACUGGGAAAUGUUGGAGGUGUGACCCCGGAUGGACUGGAACCAGGUGUGAGGAGGCCUGCUCUAACAGGACGUUUGGAGACGCCUGCAGCUCCCUGUGUAGCCCUUGUUUCCACGGUGACUGCCAUCACGUGACAGGAACAUGUGUCUGUCAGCCAGGCUUUCAGGGAGAGAGCUGUAACAGCAGCUGCCCCACCCUGCAGUUUGGCCUCAACUGUUCCUCCACCUGUGACUGUAGUGAGGGAGUCAGCUGUGACCCGGUCACUGGUGUCUGUCCCAACAGUGGCAGAGCUGCUGUACUAGCAGGUGUGCUUGUUCCUUUGCUCCUGUUGCUCGUUGCUGUGCUCUGCUGCUGUUUGUGUUGUGGAGGAGGUCCUGUUGAUGGCAAAGACAGGGCGACUGUGGCUGAUGGAGGCUUGUCGGUUCGGAUGAAAUAUCACGUUUACAGUGUCUUGGCUAACAUCGGUGCUGCCCUCCCCUGUAUUUCUGAUUGGUCCUCUGGCCUCCCUCGUGUCACUGUGUCUCACCAUGACCCAGAGCUGACGUUCAACCACAGCUUCAUUGAGCCUCCUUCCUCUGGCUGGGUGACUGAGGGGUCGACCUUCGACAGUGAUGAGGAUGAGGAAGAGGCGCUCUACUGUGUUCCUCCAAGAGAAGACAUCCCGGCGGUGGCAGGCGGCGAGUUCCAAGAGAUGAGCUCGAAGUGUAACAUGUUCUUAGACCCAUCCGGCUUCAGCAGUGAGGACAUCAGCUCGCCCUUCAACAUCCCUCGCACCUCCAGCAUCGCCAAGUCCAAGCGGCCGUCCGUCUCUUUUGCAGAGGGCACACGUUUCAGCCCCAAGGAGCGACGAGGCUCUGCUCAGGACCCCGGCGUUCUCCCUGGACACCCACGCAACAAACCCAAGUCACCAUGGGGGGUUUUGAUGCUGUCUGCCCUCCAAAGUCAGGGGAGUGCAGCUAGAAAUGGGGAGGAAAAUGGAGCUGAGAGCGAAGAGGGGGGAGAUGAAGUCAAUGUGCAGGCGACAGACAAUCAGGAUUCCAGCUGUGAGGCAGGGGACCAGGAAGUAGACCGAACCCCUUCACGGGCCACCCUGCUUGUCCCUGGGGCUUCAGGACGAAGGCGGACCAUGUCCAACACAGCAGCUCAUAAAUGUCCCCAGCUGCCGACAUCUGAUGCUCAGGUGGGGGCGUUAAAUAAGGUCACCACAGUGUAUGUGACGGUGGGUAAGGCAGGUCGGCCCGUAUCGAAGACGGAGACGAGCUCUGAAGGCCCAGUUCAGGCCAUGCUGCGGAGACUGGGAAGCCUCCAGAGACAACGGGAGCAGGAUUCUGGGAGGCCCAAGCCAAAGGGAGCUGAAGGGAUUACCAAACCACCAAGGAGGAAGCUCGGAACUCGGGCGAGCGUGUGGGAGGAGGGAUGCCCACCUGCGGGGGAGGUGGGUAUAUGUAAGCCAAUCAGGAGAAAGCAUGCCGCUCUCAAUGCUGCUGACACAGCUGGUGCCAAUGACACUCCAUCGUCAGAGAGUGGCACUCCAAAAAGGCCUCUGUCGUCCAUUUUGACGAGCGUGCCAGAGGUUUCAUCCGUCUCAGGGUCGGAUCUGAGGGCUGAGGGUGGCGACCCUAGAGCAGGAAAAACUGAGGGCACCUACCUGACUGUGGGACCAGCAGGAGACGCCGUGAGUCUCACUGAGGUCAUCGCCAACGAAGGUGCGGUGGUCAGUGUGAGUGACGAACCCUGCUAUGAGAAUGUCAUUAUUAAACACUCAUAACCUCUGAGAGAGGUCCGAGUCAAACGCAACUGCAUA